GCGUUGUCGAUGACCCAGGCGGAAGCGAUGCGGAGAAGGAUACAAGGGCAGCAAAGCCGCGGCGCUGCUACGAGUGCUGCAGGAGGGGUUAAAUCGAUGUCCUUGGCUGUGCUGAUCUCGUUCAGCUUGCUGUUGUCAACGGUAAUGACAGAGGCACGACCAUGCCCACCAAACUCGUAUUUCGUCUAUUCGGCACACCACCGUGCAAGUCACUGUGCCUGCGCACGCGGCUUGAGGUGCACUGGCAGUCAAUGUACCACAGGACACGACGACAACCUGCCGAUAUCUUACACUGGUGCAACGCAAGGGUUUCCGUUUGAGUGCCGCGACUGCUUCUGCGUUGUCCCCGGCGAAGACACAGACCACAGCGGUGGCGACGUGGAGUUCCGUUGGCUCAAGACCACAGACGGCGACUCCGUCCGUGACUUUAUUGACCCGCUCUUUGAGCAGAGUUGCCGCACCAUUCCCGACGCGGUCGUACCCAAACCACGUGCACUGCACCACGUCAACUGGCUCCACUUUCCAAAGUGUGGGUCCAGCUUGACAAACACAAUGUACCACUACGGGUGUCGGGAUGUGGAGACAGCGCGCGUCUUUGAUGAUUUGAAGGACCCUGGCCUCCCUGCUUACAUGAACAGCACCUGCCAGUAUUGCUACGAGCCAUGCAAGGGAUGCUUCACCCUCUGGGCCCCACACGACGGUCUGAUGCGCACACGCAAGAAGGGGACAGUGCUGCGCCUGCCGUUCCGUGAGAAGCACUGUGCCGCUGAUCGUCUCGGCCCUAUUCCCGGGCACACGCCGCUGUCUCCAGCACGUGCACGGGAGCGGUCGGGCUCCAUCCUGGCCAUUUUCCGCGACCCGCGGCGACGCGUCCUCAGCGCAUUCAACUACCACAAGCACAGCUUUGGAAUGAACAGAAUUGACCGGCAACGCAUGCUGGAGGUGACGCACACGGUCGAAGCGUUUGCAAACUUUCCUGGCGUAGCCAGCUGUCAAACCAAGAUGCUGCUUGGCUACACCUGCACCACCCCAGCCCCGCUCACCCCAGCAGACUUGGAUGCGGCGAAAGCGGUUGUCUCUGAGCGCCUGGCACUGGCUGGCAUUAUGGAGCACUGGAACGCGUCCAUCUGCCUCUUCCAUCGCAUGUACGGCGGGAAAAUGCACCCGACAGAGCUGGCUAACCUGCGACCCACGGGCACACGCACGGAGCAUGGUGAUUCAUCAUCUUCAUCGUCAUCGUCAUCGUCAUCGUCAUCGAGGAAUGAGGCGCGAAGAAAGAUUGUGCAGGGGAUGAUGGCGGAUAUUCGGGCAGAGGCCGAACACACACACGACGACCACGACGAUGGUGGUGGUGACGAUGGUGGUGGCGGUGGUGAUGGUGGUCGUGGUCGUGACACCAAUGGCGGGGAGCAGCAAGGCCUGCACAGGGCAGAUGCUGAUGACGACAACGGGGUUACUGGGGGUCGUGGUGGUGUGGACGAUGAUGACGACUGGCAAACGUUUAUGGAGAAGAAGAAGAAGAAAAAGAAGCAUCGAGGCAAUGACGAUGAUGAUGAUGAUGAGGGAGAGGAGGAAGGGCAGGGUGGAGCGCUGGCGGGUCGGGUUGGCAGGGGGCUGUUGCAAGUCAACGCCGAUGAAAGGAGCGACCAUGACAAGGACACCGGGCUAUAUCAGACACGGGGACGGUUGGACCAGGUGCCCAAGGAUGAGUGGCGGAAGUUGAGGCGCGAACACGACCCGUACGAUUGGGACCUGUAUCAGUUUGUUCGCCAGCGGUUCUUCCAGCAGCUGGAUGAGUAUGGAUUCACUCAUCCUGAGCAGCCGUAAACGUCUUUAUGCGUGCGUGUGUGUGUGCGUGUGUGCGUGUGUGUGUGUGUGUGUGUGUGUGU